AUGGAUCCUCGUAUAACUAAUACUGAAAAAAAUAGCAGUACAUUUAUACUGACAAUCUCAGAGCACCUUGAUAGUGAAGUACUUUUCUUGCUAAGAUGGCCGGUACCAAGAAAAUGGGACAAAGCUCAUUUUGAGAAAUUGGCGAAUGAUAAACUUAGCAAUGAGUUAGAGGCUAUGCGAAAUGCUCGGAAAGAAAAGGAAACUAUGAAAAAAGAGUAUUUAAAAGCUCGUGAUUAUACAAUUGACUUAGAAUCUAACCUGAACAAAUCUCAAGUAAUUGCAAAGACCGGACCAGGAUCUUCACAAGCAGGCUACUACUGUGAAGUUUGUGACUGUGUUGUGAAAGAUUCAAUUAACUAUUUGGACCAUAUAAAUGGUAAAAAACAUCAAAGGAAUAUGGGAAUGUCGAUGAGAAUUAAAAGGUCAACUUUAGAAGAAGUUAAAGAAAGGUUUCAGCUUCACAAGCAAAAGUCUGAAGAAAAGGCAGAAGAGUAUAGUUUAGAUGAAAGAAUGAGACAAAUCGCCGAGGAAGAAGAGAAAUUUAGGGCUUAUAAGCAAGAAAAACGCAAAGAGAAAAGGCGUAGAAAUGACGAACAGUUUGAAGAUUCUGACGUCGCAGCAGCUAUGGGAUUUGGUGGUUUUGGUAAGAGAUCAAAGUGA